ACUAUUUGUCUUGGCCAAGCAAAUUACAAUCACCAUGAACUAGAUCUAAAUCCAACAAGAAUCUCUCCUCCUCCAUUGUAAGAAAAAUGAGUCACCCCAAGAACUCCAAUUUUCACCUACUAAUGUUCCCGUGGUUUGCUUUUGGCCACAUGACCCCAUUCCUCCACCUUUCAAACAGGCUUGCAGAGAGAGGUUACUCCUCCACCUUCUUGCUUCCCAUCAAAGCUAUACAACAGUUACAACACUUGAAUCUUUAUCCUCAUCUCAUCACCUUCCACCCUCUCACGGUCCCUCACGUCGAGGGUCUCCCUGAAGGCACCCAGAACGCCUCUGACAUCCCCAUUCAAUUCACCUAUCUGCUAGCUGCAGCCAUGGAUCGUACCCGUGAUCAAGUCGAAAGGGUAAUACGUGACACCAAACCUAAGUUGAUUUUUUAUGAUGUAGCCCAUUGGGUGCCAGAGAUAACCAAAGCCUUUGGCAUUAAGGCCAUAAACUAUUCCGUUGUUUCAGCUGCAUCCAUUGCAAUAGUACUAGUCCCGGCACGUAAUGUGCCUAAAGAUAAGCCCAUCACCGAGGCUGAACUUUUAGUGCCACCCGCCGGCUAUCCAUCGUCAACUGUCGUUCUUCGCGGCCAUGAAGUGCGCUCAUUGUUAUUUAUAUCGCAGCCUUUCGGUGAGGGGAUAACGUUUUACGAGAGAAUCUACAAAGCAAUGAAAGAAAGUGAUGCCUUAGCCAUCAGAACUUGCAAUGAAACCGAAGGAAAAUUUUGUGAAUAUAUUGGGAGUCAAUAUGGGAAGCCGGUAUUUCUAACCGGACCUAUGUUGCCGGAGCCGCCUAAAAUGCCCCUAGAAGAUCGGUGGGUUAAAUGGCUAAGUGGGUUUCAACCAGGUUCAGUGGUGUUCUGCGCAUUUGGCAGUCAAAUUGUUCUUGAGAAAAAUCAAUUUCAAGAACUGGUUUUAGGGCUUGAAUUAACAGGUUUGCCAUUUUUAGUGGCCUUAAAGCCACCAAUGGGUGCCGCAACAGUGGAAGAAGCACUGCCCAAAGGGUUCGAAGAGAGGGUUAAAGGUAGAGGAGUGGUAUGGGGGGGAUGGGUACAACAGUUAAUGAUCCUAGAGCACCCAUCAGUAGGAUGUUUUGUGAGCCAUUGUGGGUUUGGAUCAAUGUGGGAAUCUUUGAUGAGUGAUUGUCGAGCAGUAUUGAUUCCACAUUUGGGUGACCAAAUCUUGAACACCAGGUUCAUGGCUGAAGAGUUGAAGGUAGCUGUGGAGGUGGUGAGAGAUGAGAAAGCGUGGUUUUCCAAGGAGAACUUAAGCAAAUCCAUAAAGUCUGUAAUGGAUAAAGGCAGUGUAAUGUGUUCAAUGCUGAAGGAGAACCACAGAAAGUGGAGGGAGAUGCUGAACAAGGGGUUGAUGAAUAGUUAUGUUGAUAAAUUUAUAGAAAAUAUGCAUGAACUUGUCAAUUAAUUUCUCUCCUCUAGUUUGUUAUUAAUUGUUUUAGGUUGAUUCUAUUCGUUUUAGGAAGUUGUAAUUGUUUGAUUAAUAAGAUCUUUGAUGUUUUGGUUUCAUAUUUACAUACAGUUAGAAGAAUAAAAUGAAAAAAAAAAAGUUUUUAAUUAU